GGAACUAAGAGCAUCUCUCCACGGGGGGCUCGAACGGGCGGCUGAGGAAGCAGCACUUCCGCCCAUUGGUCACAACCGACCUCAGUGCUUCCUGGCCCCGCCCACACCCAGUCGCCUGUCACUGCGAGAGCGACAGCUGUGUUAUCUCGUGGGCACCUGAGCUUCGGUCUGGCCCGGCACCGGCCUGCGGAGGAGCCGCAUGUCUGAACUUGCAGAUGUCUCAGCAUGGUUGAGAUAGAAUGGGCCGAGGCCCAGCUCUCAGAGUUAGACCUCCUGGCCAGUAUGUUCCCUGGUGAGAAUGAGCUCACAGUGAAUGACCAGCUGGCAUUAGCAGAGCUGAAAGACUGUAUUGAGAAGAGGACAAUGGAGGGACGGUCAUCGCAAGUAUACUUCACCAUCAAUAUGAACCUGGACUUCUCCGGGGAAGCAAUGGAGAUGUUUUCUCUGUCUUGCAUUCUUCCCUUUAAGUACCCUACAGUCCUGCCUGAGAUUACUGUCAGAUCAGCAUCGCUGAGUAGAUCCCAGCAGACCCAGCUGAACACAGAUCUGAUCGCAUACCUGCAGAAGAACUGUCUUGGAGACGUCUGUAUACUGAACGCCACAGACUGGCUUAGAGAGCAUGCCUCUGACUAUGUCAACAGAGAUACCUCACCUUCCCCUGCCAAGGAAAGCCCAGCCCAGCCCGUGGAUCUCACCCUCACCAGGCUCUGGAUUUAUAGCCAUCACAUCUACAACAAAUGCAAAAGAAAAAACAUUCUGGAGUGGGCAAAGGAACUGUCCCUGUCUGGGUUUAGCAUGCCUGGGAAACCUGGUGUGGUUUGUGUAGAAGGCCUACAAAGUGCUUGUGAAGAAUUCUGGUCAAGACUCAGAAAACUAAACUGGAAGAGAAUUUUAAUUCGCCAUCGAGAAGACAUGCCUUUGGAUGGCACAAAGGAUGGAAUGGAGAAACAGCGGCGAUUUGCCAGUUUUGAAGAAAAGGUAUUCAGUGUCCAUGGAGCCAGAGGAAACCACAUGGACUUUGGUCAGCUGUAUCAGUUCUUAAAUGCCAGGGGCUGUGGGGAUGUUUUCCAGAUGUACUUUGGUGUGGAAGGACAGUGACUGAGCAAAGGGGCUGUCGGACCUGUGGAGUCCCUGUUCCUCCUUUGAUUAUGUCUUCUCAUUCUUUCUCAAAUUUUAAUUUUAGUUCCAUCCUAGAAUGUUACAGAGCAGGCUGGAGAAAUGGCGUAGAGGUUAAGAGCGUUCACUUCUAUCACUACCGGCUUAAGUUCAGUUCCCAGCGGCCAUGGCAGGCAGCUAGUGGUGGUCAUCUGUAACUCAUACCUUCAAGGUAUCUGGUGGCCUCUGUCCUGCACACGGGUGCAUGCACAAACAUACACACAUACAUGUACUCAGGGCAUCAGAUUCCAGAGAGCUGGAGCUACAAGAAGUUGUGAGUUGCCCAGUGUGGGUACUGAAACCAAACUUGGGUUUCUGCAAGAGGAGUGCAUACUUUUAACCACUGAGCCGUCUCUUCAACCUGGUGGAAAUUCUUGACAUGAACUGGACAUGAUGGUACAUGCUUGUAAUCCCAGUACUUGGAAAGUAGAGAAAAAGAGGAUCUGGAGUUCAAGGCCAGCUUGGGCUACAUAAGGCUGUGUCUUAGAAAACAAAAAUAAAGUAUUCACAGAAACUUCUGAAAGACAAGUUAUAUGUCUUUCAAAGGACAUAUGAAGGCAGUUUUGAUGGUCCAAUUUGCUAGGCAUUUCCGACACCCGUCUGCCUUUACUGAGGAACCUGGGAAAGCUGUCUGCCCUUGGUCUCUGUUGAAACUAUAUCCGGCUAUAAAUUGCAGCUGCAGGAUUUCUGGGGAUUUAUUUGCUUCUCUUUCGCCAUGAAUCUUGAAGUGAUGGCAGCAACAGGGAAGGAUGGCCCAAGACAGCUGCAGAGGUGCCAUUCCCCCUUACCAUCCGGGGACCAACAUCAAUCCCUGGUGAUCUUCAGGCCUUUGGAAUAAAAUGAAUUUUCUUAUCACUCAUUUAUUCAUUCACUUAUUUAUUUUGUGUAGCCCAGGCUGUCCUUGGACUCACAGAGGUCCUCCUGCCUCUGCCUCCCAAGUGUUGGGAUUAAAGGUGGACGCCACCAUGCCCAGCCAAUCAGAAUUUAAGGCUGUUUUAAAACAGCAAGGACAGAGGUUGGGGACCUUGUAAUCACAGUCACUCAGUUUCAGGAUGCCAGGGCUCUGCAGAGAGACCCUGUCAUAAACAAACAAACAAAAACAAAACCCAGAAGUGCUAAUGAUGUCCCAAGUGGAAAGUGCACAAAAUUUUCAGAAAACUGCAUCACUGGAACUUCCUUCAGUCUUUGAACAAGGCACCGAGGCCGGGUGAAUCUGUGUCAUGUCCUUCCAGCAUGGUGGACUGCAGGUCUCCCGUUCCUGCCACUUGGCUGUCUUCUUUGCUCCUUGGCAAUGUGCCGGCCUUCCUUCCCUCAGGUGGCUUCCCUCCAGCCGAUGCAGAAACCGUCUUAGUUUUCUUUUCAUAUUGCAGAUAUCUGGACUCAAUCACUCUUCCUCCUUGUACUCUCCUUCUUUUUGUCUUGUGGGAACCAAUGGCUGGGGAUUUCCCUCAGGCCAAUUUUCUGCCUUCCACUCAAAGGUGAGCUUCUCAGGGCCCACCGCCCGCUGGGAAGCAGGAGGACACAUAGGAUGGGAGGGUGUUCUCUGCAUUGAGAGUGCCCGGUCAUAAAAUGAACUUUUAAAGUCUCUGUGAUUGUUAUCAGUAACCAAAAGUUAAUCUGUCAAACCCCCCACCACCAAAGCUUUGACUUUGAAACUAUAACCUACAAAAAUAAAUUGUUUUUCCUCA